ACCAAGAUGGCGGACGGAAUAUGAGCGAUCUUGGCAAACAACARAUAAAGCCGAAGUGCAACCAUUUUUUCGAUCCUUUUUGGCGUUCAGUGAGAUGUCACAGGGGACUUGGAGGUCCCCACAGGACUUUAUUACAGUUUCCAUACCUCACAAAGACAGUGAUUAUGAUAACAGCAAGGAUAGACGUUCACAAUCAUUAUACCGGAAAUGGAAAAGUCUCUCAUCAUUCCAAAGGACAACAAUUCUCAUAUUCCUAGGUAUAUUUUUAAUUACUAUUUUUGUCUGGUAUCAGAGAAAUAAAACAAACAUUGAAGAAAAUGACAUUUUGCRUAAACAUACACUGCAUAAAGUUUCUGAAAAGCACAUAUUUCCUGUUAAAAAAMCCGAUAGAGAUUCCAUACUUCGCAAUAGUAUGAAUGAACUAAAAGAGCUUGCCAAAAAGCAAAAUAUUCAGUUGAAAAGAGGACCUCCUAAGUUAGAUGCAAGGUUGAAAUUGAUACAACAGAAGGGAAAAAAGCUAGAAGAUCAUGCUGAAAAAAAUGUAGAUGUUAGAGGUGCAGAAAUAGAAAAUGGUCAAAUACAUGGUGACAACAAUAACAGUGACAGGGGGGGUGAUAACGGUGGUGAUACUGCUGGAGAUGGGGACUUUGUAAAAGAAGCUCAAGCUAUUGACAGGAAUGGUAUAAAACUGCUCCCCCCUGACAAAGUGAAUGAUCGCCAGAAAGCUGUUAUUAAUGCAUUUAAGCAUGCCUGGAAGGGUUAUAAAGCAUUUGCGUGGGGUCAUGAUGAGUUAAAGCCAUUAUCAAGAACUUACAGUGAAUGGUUUGGUGUUGGUUUAACUAUUAUUGAUUCUCUCGAUACAAUGCUAUUGAUGAACCUACAAGAAGAGUUCAAGGAAGCACGUGAAUGGGUUUCUACUAGCUUAACAUUUGAUAAAAGAGUUGAUGUGAAUUUGUUUGAGACAACUAUCAGAGUUCUUGGAGGAUUGCUAAGUGCUUAUCAUCUUUCUGGUGAUGAAUUAUUCCUUGGGCGUGCAAUAGAUUUAGGGGAUCGUCUCCUCCCAGCAUUCAAUUCACAAUCUGGAGUCCCAUUUUCUGAUGUAAAUUUACAAACUCACCGAGCACAUGCACCAAGAUGGGGACCAGAUAGCUCUGUCUCUGAAGUGAGUACCAUCCAACUGGAGUUCAGAGAACUUACUUUCCUUACGAAAAAUCCACAGUACAAGGAUAUGGUUGACAAGGUCAGCAAACAUCUACAUGGUCUUCCCAAAAAGAAUGGACUAGUACCAAUAUUCAUCAAUGCCCAAACUGGCCAGUUUAAASCAGCAUCCACCAUCACAUUAGGCGCACGCGGUGACAGCUACUAUGAAUACCUCUUAAAACAGUGGUUACAAACAGGAAAGACCGAACAAUGGUUGAAGGAUGAUUUGAUUGCUUCAAUGGAUGGUGUCAUUUCUUUGCUGUCACGAAGAUCUGAACCUAAUAAACUGCUUUAUGUGGGAGAAUUGCUUCAUGGAACUUCAUUCAGUCCUAAGAUGGAUCAUCUAGUGUGCUUUUUACCUGGUUCAAUGGCUCUUGCUGCUCAUAAUGGACUGGGAGAAAAGUAUAUGACCUUUGCUAAGGACAUGCUGGAGACUUGCUACCAGAUGUAUGAGCGCAUGCCCCUACGUUUGAGUCCUGAAAUUGUAUACUUUAACCAGAAUCAUGGAGGUUCUGAGGACAUUAUUGUAAAGCCUUUGGAUGCACACAACCUUCUUCGGCCAGAAACUGUCGAGUCACUGUACGUUAUGUACCAACUGACCAGGGACAAAAAGUACCAGGAAUAUGGUUGGAAGAUAUUCCAGGCAUUUGAAGAGCACACUCGCUUGCCACAAGGUGGCUAUUCUUCUUUAAAUAGCGUCAAAGAUAAGUCACACGGCUUUAGGGAUAAAAUGGAAAGCUUCUUCCUGGGAGAGACUUUGAAGUAUUUGUUUUUGCUGUUCAGUGAUAUAAAUGUUGUACCAUUAGAUAAGUAUGUAUUUAAUACCGAGGCCCAUCCUUUACCCAUUAGAAACUUGUAGGGCGGAUCCAAGGGGGGGGAGGGGGUUGGAAGGGAAAUGAUUAGAGUGGCUAGCUACCUCCUUUAUUAGAGUUCUAAAGUUCUAAGUUAUAGAAAUUAUCACAGAAAUAAAUUAACGGAGAAAUUUAUUCUGAAUGGGACUCAUUCUGAAAACCAAAAAUAGCAGCGCUCAUAAGAUAGAAACAAUUUCCCUCUGUCCUAAAGCUAUCCAUCGAAUAUUUUUCUUGAAUUAGCGUCCCCUUUUGAAACGUUCUGGAUCCGUCCCUGGUACCACUUCUAGUGUUAAUAUUUAUAAUUAGAGCGGAUUUCGUAUGAGUGGGACACCGUUACCGCACGGUUACCGCACAGUUACCGCACCUGGCCUGCAGAAUUUUGGUGAAACAAUGAGGCACUAGAAUUUGGUUACAGUACGAUUACGGUCACAGUACAGUACCGUCCGUUUCCCACUCAUACGAAAUCCGCUCUAGUCUUUAUUAUUAGAGCAAAUGAACUCCAUUUUUCAAAUAUUAAGAUAGUAACCUGCCGCAAGAAGAUUUUGAAUUGGAUAAAUUCCCGAUAUUCAACGUUAAUUUGAAUUUCCCGCCAAUUCAGAAAUUUCCUGCCAAUUCGGAAAAUGCACUCUCUUUGAAAUUAGUGGCCUGGUGCGAGUGUGAUGUCUUAGUGGACGUCACACUAGGCUCGACUCAGGCCCCUAUGGUUCUCGAUCAUUUUGUAAUUAUCAAAAGUUUCAUAACUUUGACGUUUCACAAAAAACGAAGUUUUAACCGGUUCGAUGAAGUCACCAAAAAUAUYUUAUUUUUCCAUGGUGAUUUUCCUCAAAUUUUGAAAAAAAAAUGAGUUCAUUUGCACUUUUGGUUGUUACGUUAGUUAAUAGGUAUUUUAAAAGGCAAUUGUAUAACGAYGUUAUUUAUUAAAUGUCUAAUAUUCGUA